AUGGAUGUCCCGGUGAGUGGUUCCGAAGAUUUGAUCUCCGAACGGAGAUAACGUUUCGCCGAAAAAAGUAGAGAAAUAUUCGGUCAAAUUCACUUGCACUAAAAAAUGGGGCACAGCGGGGUAAUACGUGUGAAAUAAAAUAAAAUAUUAAAUUAUCACUGACUUGGCACGACGCCAACGAAUAUUUAAAACGUGGCGACCGGCGACAUUGGCCGGUCCGAAAAUAUUUUGUAGAGCGCGUUUGCACCCGUGGAAAAUGGAAGCUUUUCUGAGUUUGGUAAGAGAAACAGAAAAUUUAUUAUCGCUGAGAAUCUGCAUUUCAAAGAAAGGGACUAAAGAAUGGAAAGGUAGAGAGAUGUUAUCCGAUGAUCAUGAACAUCCCGAACGAUCCGACACCACGAACGGUUUUUUUCUCACAGGGAUUUUUUUUUGAAAAUUGCCAAAACAGUUGGGUCCAUGCUCUAAAAAACUAUAGAAAUACAUACGGGCCAACCUCAAGUGGUAUUCAUUUUAGUACAUUUCAAAGGCGUUUAGCACCGACUGUUAAUUUAAAAAUAUUGCAAACCUUCAUAAUAUAUAUGGGGCCACAGACAUUCUCUUCAAAGUAUUUCAGUAAGGGUUUGUUCAUUGCUUUUUCUUUUUCUUUGGGCGAAAAGGGACGUGAACUCUGAGCCACAUCUGUUUUUAAGUAAAACAUUGUCUCAAAACAUCAGAGACAUAUUUUUUCUUCUCCCGACCUCCUCAGUCCUCUUGCAAAUCGUCCGAGCGUCCACCUUUGAAAAGGGAAGAAAAGAUAGGAGAUCCGUUCGGACGAGAGAUUCCAAUCACAUCGUCCUUUUCGCCCCGCUCAUUCACUCUGCUUUUCGGUCUGCACACCGGUCGACAGUGAGAAGGAUUACCCGCUCUCUUUCUCAUUUCCAUCCGAUUAAACCAACGGGGGAUUUUUCGCCCCGCAUUUUUGGAAUCGAUCUCACCUUUCUUCUUCUUCUGCUGGCCCGUGUGUUCAUUCGAUUUGAAUUUUGUCUCGAAAUCUGAACAAACAAUACGCAUUUUGUCGGCCGUGUAUUUGUUCAAUCUAUAAACAUCGCAAACGGCGCUGAUCUGACCUAAUGGAUCCGUUGAGUUGGGAACGAGGAUGGUACGCGAUUCAGUCCAUCUCCGGAUCUUUUCUCCAGUAUUUGAUUGAGGUAUAAGAAUUGAAAACGCAGAUUAGAUAAUGUUCGUAGGAUAGUCUCUGAUUCCGCCGCAGAAUCCAAAAUCAUACUCGUCUCCUUUUUUGUUUGAACAGAGCUGCUUUCGCCUUUAGCGAUCAAAAGUUGUGAGCGCAUUAGCUAGAUGUUUGAUCUCACAACAUAAUGGAAAUAGCUGCUUAGAAUCUAAACUGACUUCUAGUAUGCCCUCAAACAAAUCUCGUACCUUAGGCCCGUGACAAACCGCCGGAUGAGUUGGUAUGGCCCCUCCGUCUUCUUCUCAUUCUGCUCGGAUACUCGACAGUCGCCAUCCCGGCCGCUCUCCUCAUUUGUUACGUCCGGAAGAAUCGACACGGUUAGUUAUUCUCACCAGUGCCAACCAGAACAAACUCCUUUCAGCAUUCGAAUGCCCCCAGUUCUCAAUCCGUCAGCUUAUUCGAAGCUUCGCCGUCGGCAACCCCGAAUAUCAAUUGAUUCCGACGGGCGAGAAGACGGCGUCCGCGCGGAAGGUUACGGAUCCGAUGCCGCAGACGCGGAAUCAGUGCAUCCACGCCGCUGUACUCCUGCUAUUCUUCUUCAGCGGAAUCCAAGUGACUCUCGUGGCGAUGGGAGUGCUGCAGGAGAGAAUUAUCACGCGCGGGUAUCGGAGGAGCGAUGAGUUGGAAGUGGUGAGGAGGAUACGGACUCACAAACAACCAAUGUAAUCAAAUCAUUUUAGGAAGAAAAGUUCGGCGAAACCCAAUUUCUAAUAUUCUGUAAUCGAAUAGUGGCUCUCGUGCUCAGCUUCUUGAUUUUGACGAAAGAUUGGACAAAGUAACACUAAGCACCAACUUUCCCCACCAUCAAAUUUCUGCAAUCCCAAUUGCAGACAACCCCCGCACGUGCCUCCGCUCUACGUCCACUCGUACACCUCGUUCUCGAACACAAUCUCGUCGUGGUGCCAGUACGAAGCACUCAAAUACGUGUCGUUCCCCACGCAAACCAUCUGCAAAGCCUCGAAAGUCGUGGUGACGAUGCUGAUGGGACGGCUGGUGCGUGGGCAGAAGUACUCGUGGUUCGAGUACGGAUGCGGAUGCACCAUUGCCUUCGGAGCCAGUCUCUUCCUGCUCAGCUCGUCGAACGGCAGCUCCACAAUCACUUAUACCUCGGUAAGCGAUCUGGCCAUCUCACAAUCAAUUCUAGGGUUUUGUUUUCCUCUCAAAAAUGACAUAAAUUGUUGAGAAAGGUUAUUUUCAGUUUUCCGGAAUGGUCCUGAUGGCCGGAUACCUGUUGUUCGACGCAUUCACACUCAACUGGCAGAAAGCGCUUUUCGACACAAAACCGAAAGUAUCCAAGUACCAGGUACCCCAUCCCCUCUACUCGAUUCCUUUCCAAUCUGACGAAUGCAGAUGAUGUUCGGAGUCAACUUCUUCUCCGCCAUCUUCUGCGCCGUCUCCCUGAUCGAGCAGGGCACUCUGUGGUCUUCUCUCAAGUUCGGAGCCGAGCACGUCGACUUCUCCCGCGACGUCUUUCUUCUGUCUCUGUCCGGCGCCAUCGGACAGAUCUUCAUCUACUCGACAAUCGAGAAGUUCGGACCGAUUGUGUUCGCAGUGAUCAUGACCAUUCGACAGGUUCCGUUCCCUUCAUGUCCUGCUCACCGUUCUCUUUUCCAGAUGCUUUCCAUCGUUCUGUCAACAAUCAUGUACGGUCACGAGCUCACAUUCUGGGCGGCCAUCGGAUUCCUCAUCGUGUUCGUCGCGAUAUUUGUAGAUAUUCACAAAAAGUAUUCGGAUAAAGGAGAGCGCCGACGAGAACGUGAUCUGCAGGUCAGAAAGAACAUGGUUUCUAGGAAUGUUCUAGUCAAUUGCGCAAUAUUUUGAAGCCUACAUGUAGCCAGGCCAAGGUGAUAAUCAAGCGCCUUCUUGUUAUCCUCCGAAAAAACAUCAACCCAUUGAAUCACCUCAGAAACGUUUUCCAUUAUGCGCUUGCCAAUGACGCGCUUGGCAUACCUAAUCACCAGUCAUCAAAAAAUCAUUCGAUCAGAUCACACACAGACAGAACUUGCGUGCCAUUGGUAAAGCCUCGUUACCGGUUGUUUUUUGUCUGAUGUCCAUAGCUUGAUAUAUCCUUCAAAACACGAAAUCGAACGUCAUGUAACCGCAAAAAACAGAAAUUAUUCAGGUUUAACACGGAAGAUCGCCUUGAACGAUUGGGAGACGCACCUCAUUUGCCUAGAAAAGCUUUCCGAAUGUCUUUCGCUGCCUGCAAUCUAUUGUUAAUUCGUGACGCAACGCAAUUUUGAUCUGAUUUCGAGUGAAAGGGAUACAUGUAACUGAAAGUGUACAUGGUUUGCACUGUUUGCCGGAAAGUUCCUCCCAUCAUUUACACUGAUGCGUAAUCCCGUUAGGAAGCCACUUUCGCAUUCAGGCUAGCAAGCCAUUGUUGUGAUGCUUACGAGAUUCUAGAUUUGUUUCUUUUCCAUCGCAAUUUUAAUAUUUGCAAUCAGAAAGCCGCUUUUGUUUUCGAUUUCUUAACAAUGUAAAUUUCUGUGAAAUCUUUGGAUAACCUACCGUUCCAUACAUUUUUCGUUGAGAUUGUUAGGUUGCCAAGCGUAGGCGCCUUCAUAAUCGAAAUCAUUAGCCAUGUCCAUCCUACACACUGCGCUCCAUUCCUUCUUAGAACGUUUCUAUUGCGCAAUCCAUGAAAAAAGUCAAGCACACUAAUCAUCCGAUCCUCUCAGAUAUAAUAAGUUUUUAGUGUACUUUUGAUCAUCCUACAAACGCAUUCGAUCAAAACAGAUAAAUAAGAACGGUUCCCAUGCGAAAAAGCUGACGAUUUCUGACUCAAAUGCAGAAGAAAUAAUGUUGUGGAUCACAAAUCAGAUGGCCGACUAGAUUACGUCAUGACACUUAAAAUUGAAGAUGCCUACAUCACGAUCAUUUUUGACGUAUACAAGAAAAUAGACUGGCAGAUAAGAUCUCAGUGGACUUUUUAAACAUUGUAUCGAUUCCAUUAAGAAAGCUACCGUACACAUCCUGUACAAAGACUUUUAUUAGCGCUGCCGCUGCAAAUAGAUGUCAGGUCGCGAUGAGUAAUAAGUCGUGAAGCCGUUCGUUUUAAAGCAUUUGGGUCGAUUGAAAGAACAGCGUUUUCAGUUGGCGGAUGAAUAUCAUAACAACCGAGUAAAUAUUUUAGAUCUCACUCUUCAUGUACCUCCACAAUCGAUGUCCUUUUUCCGCCCCUCAAGUGGCUUCUUCACACAUUUCCUCGCUUCCCUUCUUAUAA